AUGCUAAUCUCAUGGAAACAGACCCUCAAGGAGAGCGGUUAUCUGGCUGUGGAUGUUUUCACAACCGGUGAAAGGGAUGGCUUGCAAAGAACGCUCCUCCUGCUCUUCACCUGUAGCGUCUCCAGCCUCCUGCUCAGCUUGCUGCUCUUCCUAUACCUCCUCCUCACGCUGAACUAUGAUCUAGCUGUGUCUGGAGGGAUCUCUUGCUGCUUCGGGACCCUCCUGACAGUUGCCCUCUUCCUAUCAAAGAGGAUACGUUGCUUAGGGACUCUAUUUGUGAUCUCUAUUUUCAUGAAGAAGAGCCGGAACCUUCUCCUCACCGCCGGCACCAGUUUAGUGCUGCUAAGAAACAUUCGCAACACCUUGGAGAACACCACAGGUCUGGUCCGGAGUAUGAUCUGCAACCUGCAGGCCAAGAAAGCAGCCGUCAUUGCUCCGUUUAGCAAAUAUGUGAAGAUGCUAAAGUGGCUAGGAAACAUGCUAAAGGGGGUUACAGACUUAGGGGUGUUAAACCUUGACCCCCAACUCAAGGUUUCCCCCAGACUGGAAUCAGAAAUGUUCCAGGUGACGCUCGGUGAGGCCGAGCAGAAGCUGAACGCCACAGUGAAAUAUGUGAAGUCCAUUAUGAACACAGUCUCCUCUGUGAGCGAGAAGAUGUUCCCCGCCCUCAGUUUCCUCGUGCUCAUGAUGUUUUUAGCCCUGCACAUAAAAAGAUACCGCAGUGACAUGAAAUACCAAAACAGGUUCGUGAGCCGGAGGUUUGUCGCUUUUGACGAGAAGCAGAGGGCGGAGGGGAAGCCCCAUGUCCUCCCCCUUACCCCUGAGGAAGAGGAGCUGUACACCCCCCUCCCCUCGGCCCGUCCCACCACCAGAGAGGGGAAAGCCGUGCUGAAGUUUGGAGUUCCGGUCGCCUCCCAUCUUGCAGCUUGGGUCAUAUUUAUAACCGUGGAUGCCUUAUUGUACCUCUUUGUCGACAUUGUAACAAAAAAACUAUCCGAACUUGAGCCGUUCCAUAUCCCGCUGAUAGUGAGCAUCAAAGGGAUUGCAACUUUAAUAGGCAUACCCAUUGGCGAGGAAAAUCAUCAAGAAGACUUUUCCUAUUCUGUGACCCUGUUUGAGAAGACGUGCCUCCCUAAACCCAAACUGCUGCUCUAUAACUCUAUCGUUCCUCUGGCGGCCAUCUUGCUCCUCCUAAUCCUCAUGGCUCUGAUUGCUGCCAAAGCCUCACAGAUCAGGAUCAUGGUGUGUGAGCGAUUCUUCAGCAACGCAGCGGAGAUGAGGGUGGAGUACCUGCAUGCCAAAAUCCUGAGGAAGAGAUUAAAAAAGAGAAAGGAGAAAAACAACUACACAUCACUGUAUCUAAAGCCACAGUUCUGGUGCCCACUGCUCUUCAGGCCCAAAGAGCAUGUACAAACUAUCGCGUGA